AUGCCACCUAACAGUACGGUCAGUGCCAUUGACAUGAAUAAAAAGAAAAGUAUCAGUGAUCGUAAUAAUUCGUAUGUACAAGAUACAAAGUUGCCACCAGCUGAUUUCGAAAGCGCUGUGAAUGCGACCGGAUAUGGAAAAUUUCAUGUUCUAUUAUACUUAGCAAUAAUACCAGUUUCUUGGGCAUCCAGUUUUGAUACUGGUAACAUAUCUGUCAUUCUUCCUGUAGCAGAAUGCGAUUUGCAAUUAAGUCUUAUUCACAAGGGAAUAUUAAACGCUGUCGUUUAUAUCGGUAUGGUAUCGAGUGGAUUAAUAUGGGGAUACUUAGCAGAUGUAAAAGGUAGAAAAUCAAUUCUAGUUUAUGGAUUCAUGGCAGACGGAAUCUGCAACGUAUUAUCAGGAUUCUCACAAAAUUUUGAAACGCUCUUAUUUUUUAAAUUCCUCAGCGGAUUUAUAAUCAGUGGACCAUAUGCUGGAACAAUGACUUAUUAUGCCGAAUUUUUUGGUGCCAAAGCUAGAUCGAGAGUUACACUUAUUGUUGGUUUCACUGUUACUGCUGGAACUCUUAUGACUUCGGCUUUGGCUUGGUUGGUAAUACCACAAACUUGGUCAAUCGUUCUUUGGGACGGUUAUUUUGUUUACAAUUCGUGGAGAAUAUUUUUGUCCCUUUGCGGAGUGCCUACUUUGAUCGGUGUCUUUCUAAUUUCAUUAUUCCCGGAAAGUCCUAAAUUUCUGAUGAGUCAAGGACGCAAGGAAGAAGCUUUGAAAGUUUUUCGACAAAUUUAUAGGAUUAACACUGGCAAACCAAAAGAAACAUAUCCGAUAACCGAAUUAGCUGACGAUUUCGAAGCAAACAAUCCAACUGAUUCAACAACAAUGGAUCCAUCUAAAAAAUCAUUUAAAAGUGGUCUACUUCAAAUGAAACCGAUCUUUUUCAGACCACAUGUAUUCAGAUUAAUUUUAAUUUUGACUCUUCAAUUUUGCAGCAUGCUCUCUCUCAACACAAUUCGAUUAUGGCAACCACAACUCUUCUCUAUAUUGAAUGACUUCAAACCGAUUGAUUACAAUAUUACCGAUCACGAACCAGCAUUUUGUGAAAUUUUAGACACCGUCACUUAUUCAAGGAAUACAAAUGUAACCAGCGAUUUGAUCGAAGUAAUCGAUUGUUCAAACAUCGUAAUAUCUGAAAAGAUGUAUACAGACUCAACGAUAGUAUCGUUGUCUACAAUAUGUUUACUUUUUAUUGCCACCUUGUUUGUGAAUUUACUGGGCCACAAAAAUCUUUUAUAUAUUUGUUACACGGUGUGUGUCUCAUCAUUGAUAUCCAUGAUUUGGUCUACUACUUUCACGUUGACAUUAAUAUUAACAUGUCUAUUCGUUGGUAUAAUGAUGGUAUCAUUGAACAUCAUAGUUGGUGCCACUGUACUUUUAUUUCCAACUACUUUGAGAACCAUGGCAGUGAGUUUGGUAAUGUUAAUAGGAAGAUCUGGAUCUCUGAUCGGCAAUGUCGUGUUUCCGGUGUUGCUUGAGUACGGAUGCAUAACUCCGAUCAUGACGAUAGCUUGCUUUCCCCUUCUUGGCAUCGUAUUAGCAUAUUUCAUACCGAGCAGGAAGAUUAGGGAAAACAAAAAUGUCGAGUCUGGAUAAUAAAUUUCCUGAACCAAUCACCAUAAAACAAAAAGAAAAAAAGGAACAUUUAAAAAAGCUACAAUAAAAAGAAAAAGAUGUCAUCAAGAAGUUCAUUUAAUCGAAAUGAUUGGAAUGAGAGAUCGAAAGGAUUUAUCGUAGUACAAUUUAAAAAAAAACAAAAAACAAGAAACAAAAAUAUGAAACAAAAUCAUUAAUAAUUCUGACAAAAAUGAUGGAAAACAAAAAUACGGAACCACGUGGAUUAUGAAGAUCGUGUUGGAAUUGAUAAUUUUGAUUGUUUACUCUGGUCCUGCAAAAAAAGGAUUUUAAUUUUUUUAUUAGAGAAUUGAGAAAAUGUGGGAGAACUUAGGAUCAAAAAAAUAGGAUGGACACAAUGAGGAGGAUUGAGAGUAGAGAGUGCAACACGUACGAACGGAGGCCUUGGGUUUCACUUUCGACACAUCCUGGAGAGCCCUCCAGCCUUCACCCACAUGCUCGCUCUCCUCUAUCCUUUUUCUACACCUUCUUCUUAUUCUUCUUAUUCGUCGUCCAAUCUCUUAUUCGGAAUCUCCAUUGAAAUCUUUCUAAUUCCAAUUGGAACGCCGAUACACGGCGUAUUAAUGUUCACAAAAUUCAGCUCCCCAAA